AUGUUAGAUAUAGAAGAUUCUUACGAAGUGCACAAUAGGCGCAUUGAAAGCAAUGACAUGUCCAUAAAGGUAAGAAAACGGCACCGGCAGUUGAAAGAAUCUACUUUUACUGGCGAUAGCUUUGUUCCAGGCACAAAGAGUAUUUAUGUGCGGACUUGGGGGUGUUCUCACAAUUCAAGUGAUUCUGAAUACAUGGCUGGACUGUUGAAAGAUGCUGGAUAUACUAUAACUAAUUCUAAAGAGGACGCUUCAUUAUGGGUGCUUAACAGCUGCACGGUUAAAACGCCUUCUGAAGCUCAAUUAGAAAAUAAUAUCAAAGAAGCGAAACAGCUUAAUAAACUUAUUGUUGUUGCAGGAUGUGUUUCUCAAGCGGAUCCUAACGCAAAAUUUUUGAAAGAUAUCUCAGUUGUUGGUGUAAGGCAAAUAGACAGAAUUGUUGAAGUUGUUAAUGAAACGUUCGUGGGGAACUGUGUACGAUUUUUGAAUUUGAAUAGACCUCACCAAAACCUUCAUCUUCCUAAAAUGAGGAGGAAUAAAUACGUAGAGGUUCUACCAAUAAGUAGCGGUUGUUUAAACCACUGCACCUAUUGUAAAACAAAGAUGGCUCGAGGGAAAUUUCUGAGUUAUAGCUUGGAGGAUCUCUUGGAACAGGCUCAGUCAGCAUUUGCUGAUGGUUGUCGUGAGUUAUGGCUUACAUCAGAAGACUUGGGCGCCUGGGGGAGAGAUAUUGGAAUGGUUUUACCUGAUCUACUGCAAGAGUUGGUCAAGGUCAUACCUGAUGGAUGCAUGAUGCGUUUAGGGAUGACCAACCCGCCAUAUAUUUUAGAUUUUUUAGAGGAGAUUGCAAAGAUCUUAAACCAUCCCCGGGUGUAUUCUUUCCUACAUAUUCCUGUCCAGUCAGGAAGUGACGCAGUUUUAAAUGACAUGAAAAGAGAGUAUUCAGUUUCUGAUUUUUGUCGUGUUGUCGAUUAUAUGCUAGAAAAUGUGCCUGAAGUUUAUAUUGCCACUGACUUUAUUUGCGCUUUUCCGACUGAAACUGUUGAAGACUUCGAAGAAAGCAUGGAUUUGUUGCGCAAAUAUAAAUUUCCCUCAGUAUUUAUAAAUCAGUUUUAUCCCAGACCCGGCACUCCUGCUGCAAAACUGAAGAAAAUUGACACAGUAGAGGCACGCAGACGAACUGCGGUAAUGUCUGCUUAUUUCCGUUCGUACAGUCGGUAUGACGAGUCCCGCAUUGGGUCGGUUGAGGAUGUAUUAGUUUGUGAACGUGCUUCUGAUGGGAUCAAUCUCGUUGGUCACAACAAGUCUUACGAGCAAAUAUUAGUGCCUUUUAAAGACGAUAGUUUACUGGGGAAUCGUAUAAAGGUUCGUAUUAUGAAAGUAACGAAGUUUUCUAUGGAAUCAUUACCGUUAUGCAAUAACUCAGUUCCGUUUGGCGUUAAGUUUGGCAGUCUUUUCAAGACGUCGUUGUUACUUUCCGCAGAUUCGUUUAUUGUUGUUGGAGUGUUAAUGAUUUUAACUCUGAUAGCCGUUUGGUUGGCUGUCCACCGCAUACCAGAUACAUCGAAAACUUUAGUUGCUGCAUAA